CGCGGGGGCGGCGGCCGCGGUCGGCACCACCACUGGGCCGCCGACCUGGCCGCCUCCGACCGCGACGCCUCCGACUCCGAGCUGUCCGACUCGGAGCACUUCCUGGCCAAGGGCGCCUUCCUGCUCACCCCCAGCCACGAGCUCAGCAUCGAAAAGGCCAGCAGCAUCUGCGAGAAGAUGAACUUCAAGGGCCUCUUCUCUCUCACCAAGACCGCCACCGGCAUCCUCUUCAAAUUCUCCGAGCCGGAGGAUUACCAGGCUGUCUACAAGAAGGGCUUCCACAAGGUGACGGGCGCGCGCUUCUACAAGAAGGUACCGAUCCCCUGUCGGCCGCAGAAGACGUUCACGGUGUUCGUGCUGGAGGUGCCCGAAGACAUCCCCGAGGAGGACGUGCGCCACUCGCUGUACAAGUUCACGUCCGUGGUGGAGGUAACACGCCUGCCCAGGGACACUCCCCUGGGGGCUUCGGCGGCGGGCGCCGCUUCCGGCUCGGCAGCCGGAGCAGCUAGCCCCGCGGGCAGCGCCACACCGCCGCACGGUGGACCCAGCGCCGCUCAAGGCGAGAAGGCGGCGUCCGGCGGGCCGCCGCCGCUGAUCCGCGUGACGCUGGCGUCGCUGGACGAGUCGACGGUGCUGCUGCAGAACGGGUUGGACUUCUACGGCGCCACGUUCUUCCCCACCGAGGCCGCCGUGCCCGGCGCCGCCAUGCGGCCCACGUCGCGCAGGCCCGGCGCCGCCUCCAGGUUGCUCGAUCUGGCAGCAUCAGGACAGAGAGUGAGGGAUAUGCUGCCUGUUUUUGAUGCUGCCGGUUUCACUAAGAUUCCGCCUCCUGCUACGAAGACGAUUAAGCCACGGGGUACCAACUAGAAGGCAUCAUUCAUGACUCAUAAACGACACUCACAGAUAUUGUGUUUCACUCGUCAGCUGUUACAUACAGUAUAAUGACAAAAUGGCUUCUUUGUACCUGCAGUGCCUUACAACAACAUUCUAUGAAUGAUAAAUAUAUCUAUUUGAAGGAGAAUUUACAAUGUUAACAUGCAAAAUAACAAGAGGCAGUGCUUUUAUACUAAACUGGUGGUUUGUGUAUUCAUUUACUGAGAAACAUUCAUGGGAUGUCAAAAUUGCGAAUUUAACAUUAAUUGUGGCAUUAGUAAUUUAUGUAUGGAGAGAGCGUCUGUCUAUAUGCAUUCUUAAUAAAAGCAUUCAUGAGGCGUAUAACAAAUGUAGAUAUAUGUUACUGAUUACGUUGG